UGUAGAUGUAUCUUAUACCUGCAAUGUGUCAAUUAUCCAAGCGUCCCCUACUGUUAACACAAAUACAUAUAUAAUAAUUUCCUACUAGCUUUUAAGAAAAUGUCAUGGUUUUAGUACUUUCUACUCUACCAAAUCCAAAAACUUCAAUUUCUAUAGUAGAAAAGGAGUAGAUUGAUUAAGGAGAGAUGGAGAGGGUGUACAAGGUUUCUGGUGGAGAUGAUUUAAUGGAGUUUUAUAAAAGAGAAAUUGGGUUUUCUCACCCCAGAAAUUUCUCUCGUCGAAUCUCUGCUUCUGAGGCUAUGGUCAAGCGACUGGAUUUAUAUGGCAAGUUAACCGGUCAUGAAGGAUGUGUAAACACAAUAGACUUCAAUGCCACCGGUGAUGUACUUGUCUCGGGUUCUGAUGAUAGAAGAGUGAUACUAUGGGACUGGGCAACGAGAACCUCAAAGCUGUCUUAUCCAUCAGGUCACAUGGACAAUAUAUUCCAGGCAAAGUUCAUGCCCUUCGCGGAUGAUCGUAAAAUAGUAACUGCAUCCGCUGAUGGUCAGGUGAGGCUUGGUUUAUUGCUGGAGAAUGGUCGGGUAGAAACAAAAAGAGUAGGUAAGCACCAAGGUCGUGUACAUAAGCUUGCUGUGGAACCAGGAAGUCCCUACAUACUUUAUAGCUGUGGUGAAGAUGGUUUUGUUCAACACUAUGAUCUGCGCAGUAAUUCUUCCUCAAAGCUUUUACGUUGCUCAUCAUUUGCGGAAAACAAUAAGCACUCGAGCAGCAUAAGGUUGAAUGGCAUUGUGAUAGACCCAAGAAAUCCUAACUACUUUGCUGUAGGAGGUUCCGAUGAAUAUGCACGUGUAUAUGACAUCAGAAUGUACCAAAUGGAUGCAAGAACCAGUUCGGAUAGGCCGAUCAACACAUUUUGUCCUCAUCACCUGAUUAAGACAAAUGAUGUUCAUAUUACAGCACUGACUUACUCAAACACAAGUGAAUUGCUGGUUUCAUACAAUGACGAACUGAUAUACUUGUUUCAGAAGAACAUGGGAUUGAGUCCGGCUCCUUUGUCUUUGCAAGGUGAAGACUUGGACAAGCUUGAAAAACCACAGGUUUAUUCAGGACACAGAAAUUCACAGACAGUUAAAGGAGUGAGUUUCUUUGGUCCGAAUGAUGAAUAUGUAUUGACUGGGUCUGAUUGUGGGCAUAUAUUUAUCUGGAAGAAAAAGGACGCCAAGCUUGUCCGCUUGAUGGUCGGUGAUAGGCACAUUGUAAAUCAGCUUAAGCCCCAUCCCUGUAUCCCUGUUCUUGCUACAUGUGGAAUAGAAAAGACCAUAAAGAUUUGGGCUCCCGCAUCCAAAGAUGUUACUCCUUUGCCUCCUGAUGUUCAAGAGAUAAUGGAAGCUAAUAGGCGAGGCCGAGAGGACCAUUCAAGGGUUACGCUGACCCCAGACAUGAUAAUGCAUGUUUUACGUCUGCACAGGAGGCAAGCACUGGCUUAUAUUGAGAGACGAGAAAAUUCGGAGGAUGUUGAUAGUGACGAAGAUGAAGGGGGAGGCGCUUUCGUGUUAGGAUUCUCAGAUGGUGAGGAGGGAGAAAAUUCCGAAUGCAGCAUUAGCUAGUCCAUAUGUUUCGUAUCCGCCAGCACAAUUUUCUUUUUCUGCUUUACUUCGCUCCUCGCUGAGGGCCAUUUUUACUUCUAUCAUGGCUCGGUCAGUUCAUGCAUCUUAUAGUGGUUGAGCAUUCACAUGUUCAGAGAAACAUCUUUCUUUAAAGAUGGUGCUGGCUGCCAUGUUCCAACAAACAUGGUUAAUAAGUGGGUGGUGUAAUCUGUAGCCACUAUCAAAUUGAAUAGUUCAUCUGUAAAUUCUUCUAUCCUAUCCUGGCCAAGUAUGAAAGAAUGGUUUAAUCUUAAAAGUUUGUUCCUUUUUCAGAAUC